CAGAGCUCCACGGUUCCCUACGCGGUUAGCACAUGCGCGCCGGCCCCGCUCCCUCUUCCUCCACUUCCUCCAGCUCCCAGCGUCCGGGCAGCCGCCGCCACCGCUGCCAAGGAGUCAGGAAGUGCAAGAUGGCCGCCGCCGAGCCCCAGGCGCUGCGGGAACAGCCCGAGGUGGAAGAAGCUGAUAAUUCGGAAAAGAGUGUAAACGAAGAAAAUGGAGAGGUAUCAGAAGACCAAUCUCAAAAUAAGCACAGUCGUCACAAAAAAAAGAAACAUAAACACAGAAAUAAACAUAAGAAACAUAAACAUUCCUCAGAAGAAGACAAAGAUAAAAAACAUAAACAUAAGCAUAAGCAUAAGAAACACAAAAGAAAAGAGGUUGUUGAUGCCUCUGACAAAGAAGGUAUGUCUCCAGCAAAAAGAACUAAACUUGAUGAUUUAGCUUUGCUGGAAGACUUAGAAAAGCAAAGAGCCUUGAUUAAAGCUGAACUUGAUAAUGAGUUAAUGGAAGGGAAGGUCCAGUCUGGGAUGGGACUCAUAUUACAAGGCUAUGAGUCUGGCUCAGAAGAAGAAGGGGAGAUUCAUGAAAAGGCAAGAAAUGGAAAUAGGUCUAGCACUAGAUCUUCCAGUGCAAAGGGGAAACUUGAACUUAUGGACAAUAAAAAUAGUACAAAAAAGCGGAGUAAAAGCAGAUCCAAAGAACGGACUAGACACAGGUCUGAUAAAAAGAAAAGUAAGGGCAGUGCUGAAGUAGUUAAGGAGAAAACCGCUCGGAGCAAGUCGAAAGAGAGGAAAAAGUCCAAAAGUCCGUCCAAAAGAAGCAAGUCUCAAGAUCAAACAAGGAAGUCAAAAUCUCCCACCCUUAGAAGGCGGUCUCAAGAGAAAAUUGGGAAAGCUAGAUCUCCCCCUGAUGACAAGGUAAAAGUUGAAGAUAAAAGUAAAUCAAAGGAUAGGAAAAAAUCCCCAAUCAUUAAUGAAAGUAGAAGUCGUGAUCGAGGCAAGAAAUCCAGAUCCCCGAUAGACUUAAGAGGGAAAUCCAAAGAUAGAAGGUCACGGUCCAAAGAAAGAAAAUCAAAACGGUCUGAAACUGAUAAAGAAAAGAAGCCAAUUAAAUCUCCCUCUAAAGAUGCCUCCUCUGGGAAAGAAAACAGGUCACCCAGCAGAAGACCUGGUCGCAGUCCGAAGAGAAGAAGUUUGACCCCAAGACCACGUGAUAAAUCGAGAAGAAGCAGAUCGCCACUUUUAAAUGACAGAAGGUCUAAGCAGAGCAAGUCACCUUCUCGAACUCUGUCUCCUAGAAGAGCCCGGAGCCGAUCCUUGGAAAGAAAAAGAAGAGAACCAGAGAGGAGACGACUUUCUUCUCCAAGAACACGACCUCGAGAUGACAUCCUCAGUAGACGGGAAAGAUCAAAAGAUGCCAGCCCCAUCAGUAGGUGGUCUCCAGCUCGAAGAAGAACAAGUAGAUCUCCUAUUAGGAGGCGGUCUCGGUCCCCACUCAGGCGUAGCAGGUCUCCAAGAAGAAGAAGCCGGUCUCCUCGGAGAAGAGACAGAGGUCGGAGGAGCCGGUCACGCUUGAGAAGGCGGUCUCGAUCCCGGGGCGGUCGUAGACGGAGGAGCAGAAGCAAAGUGAAGGAGGACAAGUUCAAAGGCAGCCUGUCUGAAGGAAUGAAGGUUGAGCAGGAGUCGUCGUCUGACGAUAACCUUGAAGACUUUGAUGUAGAGGAGGAAGAUGAAGAGGCCCUGAUAGAACAGCGGCGAAUUCAGCGGCAGGCGAUCGUGCAGAAAUACAAGUACCUUGCCGAAGACAGCAACAUGUCUGUGCCGUCUGAGCCCAGCAGCCCCCAGAGCAGCACUCGCACGCGGUCGCCCUCUCCGGACGACAUUCUGGAAAGGGUGGCUGCUGACGUCAAGGAGUACGAGCGGGAAAAUGUCGAUACAUUUGAGGCCUCGGUAAAAGCCAAACAUAACCUCAUGACCGUCGAACAGAAUAAUGGUUCAUCUCAGAAGAAGCUGUUGGCGCCCGAUAUGUUUACAGAGUCUGACGAUAUGUUUGCUGCAUAUUUUGAUAGUGCUCGCCUCCGGGCUGCUGGCAUUGGGAAAGAUUUCAAAGAGAACCCCAACCUCAGGGAUAACUGGACGGAUGCAGAGGGCUAUUACCGUGUGAACAUAGGGGAAGUCCUGGACAAGCGCUACAAUGUGUACGGCUACACCGGGCAGGGCGUGUUCAGUAACGUGGUGCGAGCCCGGGACAACGCCCGGGCCAGCCAGGAGGUGGCCGUGAAGAUCAUCAGGAACAACGAGCUCAUGCAAAAAACUGGUUUAAAGGAACUAGAAUUCUUGAAAAAACUUAAUGAUGCUGAUCCUGAUGACAAAUUUCAUUGUUUACGACUCUUCAGACACUUUUAUCACAAGCAGCAUCUCUGUCUGGUGUUUGAGCCUCUCAGUAUGAAUUUGCGAGAGGUAUUAAAAAAAUACGGUAAAGAUGUCGGCCUUCAUAUUAAAGCUGUAAGGUCCUAUAGCCAGCAGUUGUUCUUGGCAUUGAAGCUCCUUAAGAGAUGUAACAUCCUGCACGCGGACAUCAAGCCAGACAACAUCCUGGUUAAUGAAUCAAAAACCAUUUUAAAGCUCUGUGACUUUGGGUCAGCUUCACAUGUGGCGGAUAACGACAUAACACCUUACCUUGUCAGUAGAUUUUAUCGUGCUCCUGAGAUCAUUAUAGGUAAAAGCUAUGACUAUGGUAUAGAUAUGUGGUCUGUAGGUUGCACCUUAUAUGAACUCUAUACAGGAAAAAUUCUAUUUCCUGGCAAAACCAAUAACCAUAUGUUGAAGCUCGCCAUGGAUCUCAAAGGAAAGAUGCCAAAUAAGAUGAUUCGGAAAGGUGUGUUCAAAGACCAACAUUUCGAUCAAAACCUCAAUUUCAUGUAUAUAGAAGUUGAUAAAGUAACAGAGAGGGAGAAGGUUACUGUCAUGAGCACCAUUAAUCCAACUAAGGACCUGCUGGCCGACUUGAUUGGGUGCCAGCGACUUCCUGAAGACCAGCGCAAAAAAGUGCACCAGUUAAAGGACUUGUUGGACCAGAUCCUGAUGUUGGACCCGGCUAAACGGAUUAGCAUCAACCAGGCCCUUCAGCAUGCCUUCAUCCAGGAAAAAAUUUAAACGAGAUGAAGAAGCUCCCAGGGUUUGAGUAAUUAGAUACAAAGACUGAAGAAAUCUCACAGCAGUUUAUUAAUGUAUAUAAACUUAUAAAUAUUUCUCCAGCAAAUUUGAGGAAGCAUGAUAUAUUUGAAUUAACACCAAGGGUGAUAUUUCCUUUAGAAAUGUUAGUUAAUCUGUUUUGUGUCUUACGUGAAAUUUUACUGUAGAAUUGUUUUAAUUGCCAAGACUGCACAGAUUUACAGUGCUAAUGUAUAUGGUUGCAGUUCACAUAAAAGACAAAAGCACCUGCUAUCAACGAGUAGUAAUGUUGGGUGGUUGAUUUACUCAUAGCAGACUUGGCUUCAGUUUGGUCUUCAGAGAAAAUGGCCAGCGUAAAUGCUGUUUAUAUUCACGUUUUCCUAGGUGUGUGUGCAGGCCACAGCAGCAUGCCCUGGGUGUAGUCAGUGCCGAAAGGGGUCUGUUCCUUCUUGAGCCUGCCUGCAGGGACGGUCUCCUCUUUUAAAGCAGGUUGUGUACAACAUUCAGUACACUGAAGGUAAGCUAAACCAUCAACAUCACUGGUGUUUUACAAUGUUAUUUGAUUGGAGCAAUGGACGAAUGAGGGAUAUUAGCUUUGUGGCAGAAUUCCCUGCAUGUGUGAUAAUGGAUCUUGUUUUAUUUUUUGGCAUUGCGACUGUGGCAUAGUUACAAUUUCUGUUCUGUUCAUCACAUUUAAAAUUGGAAGAGUACGCGCUUGAUGGAUAGAGCGCCUUCAGUGUACUGUUUCUUACUAACUUUAAUUUUUUUUAAAUCAACUUGCUAUAGACUUUAUAUACAUUUUGUUAAAUACAGUUCCCUUAGUAAUAGAAAUGGCGUAGCUUUCAUUUACUAAUGACAAAUGUUGAGGCCUGAUUCUGAAAGUCCUCAUAUUUAAAAGUUAGACAGACAACAUAAUGAAAUUUUUAACUAUUUGUAUGUCAUUUUGGAAGUGUAAUGCUUUAUGGUAAAAGUGUUUUCAUUUGUUCAUUGUUUUCAUUAUUUGUGAUCAUGUUGUCUUUCAAUACAGGCGUAACCCUUCUACUCUUGAACAAAGCAGCUGCUUUUUAAAAGCGGUAAUUGCUUCUUUACCUUUUAUUUCUUUUGUAAAUGAAGCUUUUCUUUAAGAAUGUGACUUUAAAGUGUUGUCUAUUGCAUAAAACAGUUGACACUCACUUAUUGUAAAGUGAAGAUUGUUCUACUGCAUGUGAAGUGGGCCAUGCAGAUUUCUGUAUGUUCUCAGUAUGCAUCACUAGAUAAUAAAGUCUUUUGUGAACCAGGCAUUUGUAGCCAUUUUUAAAAGCUUUUGUCUUCAGUGCUGGUAAGUCAGGUAAACCAUAAAUAGUUAAAAGCAACUUUUCAUUUCUUCCUUUUAGUCUUUAAAAUAAAUAUUUGUUAGAUGAUGUAACCCAGCCAAAAAGCUAAUCAUGUUGUUACUGAUGAUGACUAGGGUCCUAAUUGUUUCAUCCCAAACCCUGCAAGUAUUGUCAGCAUUCAGUGUAGAGAGGUAAUUCCUGUAGGGUAUGGGGUAUAAUUCAGGAUUUAACUAAUGUUUCUGCUAUUUUCUCACUUUUCCUUUUGAUGGUGCGGAAAGAGAAAAGGAAAGCGGGGCACAGGCCAUCGACGCCUUCUCCCAGGGUCUGAUUUGCUGAGACACCAGCUUCACCUUCUUAACAAGGUUAUUUCUGACAGCAUGUGUAGAUAAACAUUUAGCAACGAUUUAAGACAAAAUCAUGUAAAUCCGCUUGGUUUUUACAACACAGAGGAAUUCGUGUUUUUAACAUGGUAGAAGAGAUUUUUCGGAAAUGUAUGUGAUCUUUUCUGUUUGGGCAGUAAAGCUCAUGCUUGCCUCCCUGAGGAAUGUGGAAAAGAACCAGGUUUUAGGGGGUUAAGUGCUAUUUUUUAAAUUGUAAAUGGGAUUUUUUUAUUUACCCAGGCACCUAAUUACAACAAGCAUGCACAUUUUGGUGCGGUCAAGAAUGGGAGGUCAGAGUAGCAGCAUUCUUCUGGUGGGUUUGCUCCCUUUAAAGACGAAAUGAACCACAGCCAGAAAGGUGAUAGAUGCUAGAAUAAGCCGACUUUGAAUCUGCACCCCGUCUCUUCCUGCCUUAGACUUGUCCAGAUAAGCCCAGGUGGCUUCGUCUUCAGGUGGCGUGAAGUGCAGCCUUUUAAGACAAGGCUCUCGCUGCAGCCUCUGCCCUGCCAGCCGGCAGUGACUCCCCCACCCCGCCCUUGAGGCCGUGAGCGCAUGCUGCGACUCAGUCUUCGGGAGUGGCUUCCACUCGGGGCUGCUCACGUGUUGAUGCCUCUGGUGGUUUCCAUAGUUUCAUUGACUGUAAUGAUUUAAUUAAGAUAACUUCCACUAGAAAACAGUUCAUCUUAUGCCUUCAGAGCUUUUACAUAUUCUUUUAAAAAACAAAGUUGCUUGUUACUUGUUCUUUGUGUUUUAGGUGCAGCUCAGUGGAAGAUGAUGGCAACCAGAAGACAUGAGCUAAGGUUUCUGUCCCAUAAAAGAUUAAAAACAAACAAAAAAGAAUCUUCCAUUUUUGUCCAAUUUUUAGUUUUCAGCAUUAUGAUUUGGGUUUCAUUAAUGUUUGAUUUAGAAUAGCCGUGCUCUGUGGUGUCAUCGUAAAGUGCUUGUUGAUCAUGUCCUGCCCGCCCCCCUCCCCUGGGCUAGUGCAGCGGUCGGGGCUAGUGAUGCCGAGGGCUGGGUGGGCGCUUGGCCCACGGGCUCCUCACAGGGUGGCCGGGGGCUCCUAGGAGACCGUGGUUGGUCUCAGCUUCAGGCGUGGGGUCCCUGAUGUGCAGAAGAGCCCAGAAAGAAUGCGAAGGUCCCUCGUGACUCAGUUUCGUGACUGCUCUGUUCUGCAGUUUCAUCAGUGCUCUAGUCACGAUUUGAAAAGACUCCUGAGCCAAGUGUCAGUUUUGCUUCCCCAGGGAAAGAGACGAUCUCUUGUAGAUCUUUGGUAUCACCGAGUUAGCACUCAAGUGACAGGUUGUUGAUCUAUCUAUGCAUGAUUUUUUCAAUUUGUGACUUCGCUGAGACAGAUCUAGAAUUCUGUGACCUCUAUUCCUGUAAGGUGAUUUAGUAUUGAAUCAUUAGUUUCAAACCUGCAUUCACGUUUCAGGGUAACUAACUUUUGAAUAGAAUUAUCUUAGAAGGUCCUGGCAAAAAAAAAAAAUGUGAUUGUCAGGCUUCAGACUUCCUAAGACAUAGCCCUCAAAGAGGUCAUUGUUCUUUUUUUAGUUGGGGGGAUAGUUGAGAUCUAAGAGCAUGUACACUCUGGGUAGAGCUUCUGAAGGUUAUUAGAAGUGAGGUUAGAACGCUGAGGUUUUAAUGGGAAGAAUGUCCUGGUAAGACCCUCGUAGUAUUUGUGUUCACCUGCAAGCCCUCGUGAGUAGCAUCCUGCUUUUCCCUAAUGCUUCUCUUUCUCAUUCCAUUCUGCUGCUUUCUCGAAACUAUUUUGUGUUUUAAAACAAUAUAAUUUUUACUUUUUUGGGUUUUUCCCACUAACAAAAACAAAAUAUACAGGGAAUGGAAAUUUUUUAUAUAAUGUUUUAUACAGUAGGUGGGUAGAAGCAAUGAAUGACAUGUACUGUUUUCACAUUUGACCCAUAUUUGCAUUCCUUCUCUGCUUUUCCUGCCCUUUCUGUCAGUCGAGCUCCCGUUGACUAAGGGCUAGUUGGAAAUAAAGUCUCUCAGGUGAGAGAAAAGAAUUCGUUAGUCAUAAAGCGGGCCAAGCGUGAAGGAAUGCCUGUACAGGGGCAGUAGGGAAGAAGCUCGGCACUCAGGCCCGUAGUUUCCUUGUGGACAUCGGGCUUCGUGAGCGGCUCUUCAGUGGCCUGGUUCAUGCGUAGACUCAUGUGGAUCCUACUCUCCCAGGUGGAAUGGCCUCCUUAUAAAUAAAGAGUCCACUACAAACCAUUCGUGUUUCUCACAUGUCAGUAGUGCACACUGAAUUUACUCUUUAAAUGUUUUCCAGUUGUUUUGGUAGAAAGCAUCAUGGCAUCUUUAAUUUUUCUUCUCCUUCUAUGUAUAGGGUAAGGGACUGUUCUUCUGAAGAAUCUUUCCAUUUAGUGAUCAAGAUAUGGAAGCUGAUCUCUGAAAAUGUGUAUCCUAAUUGUCUGGUAUCGUUUGAACUGUAACCUGCUUUUGAGCAGUGCAGUGUUCCCAAUUGACUUACUGGGAAAACCUAAUAAAGUCUU